AUUGCUGCUCAAAAUGCUGCUACAGAAAUUGGGCAUAAUUUCAGCUUUAUUUAUUAUCACCACAUCGUCACAAAAAGUUCAAAACUCUUCUGGAAAUUGUUUUCCACUAAAUUCGAAAAGAUUUACAUCUUGUCCUCCUGGAUAUGUAGUACAGCCUUUGGCCAAGCCUCCUCUACCCAAAAACGUAAUUGAGAGGAGGCUUUUUAUUCGAAAACUUAGAAAUCCCUUGAUUAAGCAGAGUGUCUUUUGCUGUCGAAUACGUGCCCGUGAGGAAGAAUCCGACGAUUCUGAAAAGUUAUUGACUUCGACUCAAAUCCAAUUUCCUAACAAUAUAAGGAAGCCUACGCGUCAAAAUCAGCAGCAACAGCAGCAGGGACAAGGGCGUCGCCGUAGAAGAAGGCGACGGCGUCGUCGCAAGCCCAAAACUAAAAUUGGAGCAAUAAUUAACAAAUUGGGUGACACCGUAGACGACUUUCUCAAUACUUCAAUUUCAUAUCGUCAAUAUGAUGGAUGGACGUGGACAUUUCGUCCAUUCAAAAUUCUCCCUUUUAGUGGAGAGGAAGAAGUUUUUGAAAAAUAUAGGACGCGUCGAGGCAGAGGUCGACGUGGUCGAAAUAACUUUACCUCACCGAGACCACCCCCAUUGCAGAAUGAAAUAGAUGCUGAAGAUAUCAAGGACCUUUCACCCAUUCCUCCUCUGCCCAUUCCUUCGCCAGUUCCUCGUUCACCUUCACCUACGCCAGUACCGCCACCCCAAAAAACACCCAUAAAACUGGUCAAGGCAGACGAAACAAUUUCUUCACCAUCACCUCUUUUGCCAUCAUCAACUACUAUUUCACGAUAUGUCGUUUCUUUGCGGCGAAAUGGCGUCCACUUCUGUUCCGGCGUGGUUGUUGAUUCCAAACAUGUUUUAACAGCAUCAAACUGCUUUGUUUCUCCUGUUCCUGGAAAUGCGUAUGAAACCGUGGUCAACGUUGAUCCAGACGGUGUCACGGUGAAAGCGGAAGGGAUUUUUGACGAAUUUGUCGUUGAGCAUAUUUGUGUCCAUAACACUGUCCCAAAUCCAACCAAAGAGUUGAAUGAAAUUGCUGUCAUUAAUUUGGCUCGAGCUGUUGUCUUUACUGGCAACUUUUUCCCAGCCAGGCUCGUCUGGGAAGGGAAAGGUGUCGAUUUUGGUCGACCAGAUAAUCGAGCCACAUUCUUUUCGCACUCGGACAACAUUGAGUCUGCGGUUAUAAAACCAGUAGCCCCACGUGUGUGCCAGAGACGUCAUCGCUUUAUGCUAAGAAAGGAAGAGUCAUGUCUUCAGAUCGGAGGACGACAUGGAACACUUUGCUCAAAAUCCGAUUUCCUUGGUGGUGCGUUAGAGUGUCCAUCCGGUCUUAUCAGUGAUAAGCCACAUGUUUGUGGAAUCAUCACGGAAACCUCUUGUCCUCCCAAAGGAACGGAGUACCGAAACAAUCCAGUCAGCAAAAUUUCGCCAGUUCCCAAGUGGAUUUAUCCAAUUCUUACCAGUAAUUCGUACCGAAGUUGCUUUUAACAAUUUGAGUUGUUUUUAAAUAUUGUAACCUUGUGGUCAGUCAUUUUUGCCUUUCAAGUGUGUAAUAAAAUAAAACUAUAGUGCUGACUUGACAUAAA